CUAUCGUCCCUAAAGACAUCUCCAAAUCUGCUGAAUUUCCAGACUCUAAAGACAAACGUUAUAACCUGCCCUGAGAAACACAACAGAUUAUACCAUGACUUUAUCCAGUCUUCAGACUGCCGCUAACAUAGACGUGAUGUUGUUUGGUAGGAGCUCUGCCGCUGAACUUCUCGACCUUAUUGAUGAGAUUAAAAUCAGACAAUCCGACAAUAAUUCAUGGAUUAUUCACCUCAAACACAAGGGUCAGGAUUUAUCGUAUAGAGUAUUACUUUCCAUCUACAGCACAUUAAACUCAGAUCCUAACGGUUUAUUGCUCGGAGAAUUCGAUAACGUUUACCAACGAUUAAAUAGUCGGAAACUAAUAGCAGCAGAUUACGGUUACAAGUCACUGUGGCACAUCUUCUUUAACUACAGUGAGAUGGUAUCAAUGACACGCACCAAUGCUGGACUGUUGUUGAUCGCUGAGAUAGCCCCAGAGGCCCCUGCCGCUCCGCCUGGUUUCUCUGAGCCGCGCAAUGGCCCCCUCAUGUCUGGAGCAGCAGCACAACAUUAUAUAUCACCUGAACAGAAUCGGGCAUCUUCUUCAACAGGACAGACGACAUCCUACCAGAAAAAGGAAACCUCUUUGAAGGGACAAGCAGCUGUUGAUAGACCUGUGCUGACUGGAAAAGAGGAGAUAUCACUCGGCUUUAGGGAUUUCCAAGCAGAUGGAGAAUUUGUUAUCAUUUAUAUAAAGGAAAUAUACUCACCGAACGAGUUUUACGUGUGGUUCUACAAAGAUUCGCCUGAAGCGACGGAAGAAUACAAACAGUUCUUUCAAAAACUAAAUCAGUUCUACAAUGUGAGGAUGAACAGAGUGAAGCACAGUCUCUCACCACCCUACAAAAAGGAUCAAUUGUGUGUAUAUCGAGACGAACACGAUCGUUAUCACAGAGCGGUAGUGGAGUCUACAAUUAACGCAGAUAUUGUUGCCGUUCGUGCCGUCGACACUGCUGAGAAAUCACAAGUUGCGCCUGCGUGCUUGUUCAGGAUCAAUGAUCAGUUUCGACUGGUCAAAUCUUUUACUCGACGGUGUGGGUUGUGCGAUAUUCGACCCUUCAAUAGCAAGACUUGGGACGAUAAAAGUCGGGAUGUCUUUGGACCAAAGCACACUGAUAAACUGUACUACGCCAAGAUCAUGUUCGAGUCAGAUCAGGAGGUCGAACUGAACGUUAUAGAUACGCACGAUGAUGAAGAUAGACACUUUAGUGAUGUCUUGGUAGCUGUGGGAUCUGCAGAGAACAUCUCUCCUACUAAUGGUGUUAUUAACAACGCCCCAUCAACUCCAAAUGACAGCUUCACUGUAGAUGACGACGACGAAGAUGAUGACGAUGACUGGUUGAACGAUUGGUUGGCGGACGAGGACACACCGACUAUUGAUAACAGCCACAUUAACAUAUCCUCCCUCCACGUUGACAACCCAGUCCCCACACCACAAGUUACAAACCCUCCUCAAACUUCCAAUCUCUGGGACGCCCCGCUUCUCCCUAACCAUGGCGGUGCAAAUAAUUCGUCUUCUGAAUUUCUGAAGAAUUUAAUGCAAGUCAACAGGAAACGAUGAAGAAAAGAUCCAAAUAAUGAUCAAUCUUCAACUCCCUGCAAAGUGAGAGGAACAAGAUAAAGAACUGAUAGGGAUGGGAUAUUUGUAAAUAGAUAAAAUAUACGCAAUUCUAUUUUGUGUUAAUAUAAACAAUUGUAACUGUUAAAUUAAAGAAUUUUGGGGAAUAUGCACGCAAUUCUCUAUAUCAUUUGGACUGAAUUGUAUUGUUUUUUUUUCGUUCAAUGCUAGGGUCUUGCUAGUGCUCAAGUUUUUCGAACAAUCACCGACAAGUGUUAACGUUUUUAUAAUUUUUAGAUCUUUCCAAUUUUUUCUUAAUUAUUUUCAUUGUACCAGGAUUAAAUCUGAUUUUGGACACAGGCCACAGCAAAACACUUUUGUCAUUUUUCUAAAAAUACUAUAAAUUUAGGAUAAAAGUUACAACAAACGGAUAAACACAUCAUAUC